AUGCCUACAGCCUUCAAGAGCUUAAAAGAGUCAAAAGUUAUAGAUGCGGGGCGCUGGCGGGGGGGGGGGGGGGGGGGGCUCCACGGCCUGGUCGCACGGCUCGGGCCCUACUACUCGGUGGAGGACCUGCCCCUGCACGAGCUCGUCACCCCGGAGUUCAUCAGCGCCUUCGUCCAGGAAGGCACCUGCUGCGCGCUCAGCCUCAACACCCGCGUGGACGAGGACAGCACCGUCGCCCUGCUGCCCAGCGGGAAGCUGAUUUUGUCGCUGGAUAAAGACAACGAGGAGUGCGGGCUGCAGGGCCGCCCGUCUCAGCAUUCAGGCCGCAGCACCCCGAAGUACGUUGUUUCCAUUGACUUGAUGGAGCUGGCCCUCCACCCGGACUCGAAGACGUCCCAGAGGGUGGCCUGGUCCUUCAAGGAGAAGAAGCCUCUGAAGUUUGAUUUUCUCUUGGCCUGGCACCAGACGGGUGCCGAGGGGUCCGCGCUGCUGUCGCACUUUUCCAGCUACCUGAUCCGGGAGCACCAGCCCAGAGUGGCCUUGAGCACCGUGAGGGACCUGCCAAGCCCCGUACUGCGGAGCAGGGCCCUGGGGGGGCAGCCCGGGGUGUCCUGCAGCGCCCCCGAGCGCCUGCAGUGGCUGGGGGCCGUCUUCUGCGGCGCAGGCCUAGACCAUGAGCCCAGCGACUUCGUCGCCAGCUACUGCUGUCCCCAGCCCAGCUCGGUGGCCGCCCAGGCCUGCCUCUGCACUGUCACUGGCUUCUUGCUGCCGACCAAGAUCCACCUCCUGCUGGAUCAGCUCUGCCGCUACUUCAACGAGCCCAAGCUGGCCCCGUGGGCCACGCUGUCUGUGCAGGGCUUCGCAGACAGCCCGGUGUCCUGGCGGGAGCUCGAGCACGGCUUUGGGAGUGGUGGAGACCAUCUGUACAACUUCAUCAUUUUCAGCAACCAGGACUACUGGCUGCAGAUGGCCGUGGGGGCCCACGACGCAUGUCCGCCAUAAAGCAGGUUCCAAGUCACCCUCGUGUCUGCGAUGCUUGCGGCUCAGCAGCG